UUUUUCUGCACAGCAAAGCACACAGCAAGUUUGUGACACACAUCAUGAUCAUGGCGGUGCAGAGACAACCACCACACCAGAGAGCUGCUCCUGCUUCCCCUGUUGCGAGGUGGUCCGCUUGGCCUCUUCUUGCCUUCGUCCUCGUAGCAUCGGUGGCUGAAGCGGGAGUGUUGGUCGAGAGAGCCCAACCCGGCGGUGCUGAACUGGCCGGGUAUAGCACCAGCAGCUGGGACUCGUCGCCGUUCCAUCUGGACAGCAUCACGGAUAACAAUCUCGGCUUGCUGGCCAAGUCGUGCUCGGACAAGUUCUGCCAGGCGGGCGUCGACGGCCUCGACCUCUGGGUUUCUUUCGAGGAGGACAUCUAA